AUGCUUGCAAGAGGAAAAUACAGCUGUGAAUUGAACAAUUCAACACAUGGCGAGCAUGAACGAGACCUUGUACCUGACCAAGAUCACUUUUAUCGUGGAACCAAAGUAAGAUGACAAAAACUUAAAAAGUUAUUUCUUGCAAAUGUUUUAAAUGUACUGUGUUUCCAGUUGUUAGAAACGGUGAAGAACCGAAACGUAAAUACUUGUGUUAUUUAGUCUAAAUGACUAAUACCGUCCUUGUUGUUUUGUACCGGUGGAAUAGACGGGACAUAUCUCUUGGAAAAUUAAGUAUGUCUACCAAAAGUUCUGUCACUUUUAGCCAAAUGACAUUAAAAUAGCAGCUAGGGUGACCAAAAAGUUGACUUCGGGUAAACAAAACUAAACAUCAGAAAGGCCCAGUAAAGCCGGUUGUUAAAGAAGGAAACCAGGCACACAUUAAAAAAAACUUGAGAAAUCCCUGCUAACGAAACAAAUUUAGUGGCCAACUGAAAACUCUAGGGAGACAAUGCCGCCCCCCUUGCAAGAUUUAAAAUCACAUCAAGCUUGCUAUAUUGAUUAAGCCGAAGGAUAUUACAAAAAUUGCAUUUAUAUUUAUUGUUUGACUAUGAUUUUAAAACAUCUCCGAAACAUAGUGCCUUUCGCGGCGAAAGAGCAUUCAAACUUUUUUCUUUCAGAAUGUAUGCUCCAACUCUCCUUGUCAAAAUAACGGAACGUGUCAAUCAGGCUUCACCAAGAAAGGAUAUCGAUGUUUGUGUCCCGAUGGUUGGACAGGUGGAACAUGUAAGAUGGGUAAGGCUCAAACAUAGAGUUCUUCACUAAACACUAAACCAUAAAGUUUUCUUGACCUUUUUUCAGACAAGGAAAUGUACAAAAAAGCGUGAUUCACGUGCAAAGUUCGUUGUUUGGCUUUUUGCUGUUCUCGUAGCCGUCGCUUAAGCUCGCAGUUUUCAUGUCGACAUGAAAAGCUCUCCAGUAUUGUAUGAAACGCCUGUUCACACUGCACAAAAGAGUGGCAUACAGAACCCUAUCCGAUAUGUGACGAUCCACUUUCGAGAUCGGUGCGGCAUUGCUUCACUCCUUUAUUACAGAUGUUGCACCGAAAUCACCGUCCUCGCAUGUGUGGAAAGAAUAUAUCCAAUAUGGCUUUUGUGCCGGUUGCAAGAGCUAUCGGCAGGGGAGCUGUCUUGUAUAGCCUUAAACUCUCAUUCACGAUUUUAUUCACUAUCAUAAUCUAGAUAUUGAUGAAUGCGAUGAAAGGAGUCACAAGUGUAGUAAGAAUGCGACUUGUAUAAACACGAAAGGAUCUUACAGAUGCAAGUGCAAACAUGGUUUCCACGGUGACGGCUACAACUGCACAGGUAUCCCAGUGUUUUAUCUUUCUGCUUAAAAUUUUAAACAGAAUAACAACACACUUAUUUUUUUUCGUUUGUCGAGUGUCUCAGAAUUUUCUAUGGCGAAGAAUUGAUGUUCAUCACAAUAUGCUGUAAUCUUCAGCAAUGGGCAGAGCUGCUGUAAACGUUAUUUUUUCAUUAGAUAUUUUUUGUUCAGUUAAGCAUAAUUAGUCACAAUCUGUUAAGGGAGCGGUCAUUAACUAUUGGGGGGGAGGGCCGUUAUUAUUUGAAAAGCAAGGGCCCAAAAAAUUUUAGCCCCUCUCAGGUUAACAGCCCAAACAUUGUAACCCUCCCCUGUAAUAACAUUUUGAGUAUUCAAAUGUUGCAUCGUGAGAAUCCAUAUGAGCGUAACUUUGAGACAAUUUUUUCAUUGGAAUGAAAAAAAAGUGUUAGUAUUCACAAUAUUUACAAAACCCAAUUUUUUCUUUUUGUUAGUUCAAUAACCACACAACAGUGCAAUAACCACACCAGUAGUUCAAUGACCACACAUUAGUUCAUUAGCUGCGGAAAAAAUAGCCACAACUACGUUAGAUAUUUUUUAAUUAGAAUGUGUAGCAUUAAGUAAGUGAUAAUCAUUUAGCAACGAUACAAGAACUAAAUUUACAAAUAGCUAUUGUACAUUGUUAUAAAGUUUUAGUGAGCUCACUAAUAUAGACAGGAACCUGCAGGAACAUAGAUUGAUGUUAAUUAAGAAGUUCUAGUCUGCUCAGAAGGUCUGUCAUUUUCAUCACGGGCACAGUGAACAGACCUGGAAAGAGAGUAAGCGCUGAAAAGGGAAAGCUAACUCGGUCCGGAGAAAAAUUCGGAUACUAAAUAAACCGAAAGAGCGCGCGUUGAUAAAGCAGACAACAUAACGGUUAGCGGUGGAUGAAACCUUGUUUUAACUCUCUUUCCUCACGUUUCAAACUACUGGUGUGGUUAUUGAACUAACAAAAAGAAAAACUUAAUUGGUAAAUAAAUAGUGAUGGCGGGGCCGAUGAUGAUGAUGCCACUGAAAAAUGUCAGGAGGAGGAAUCAGGAAGUGCCUUUGUUAUUUACUAGGGCACUGCAAUGGAAGCAUACGACAGUAGCAGUUCAGAUGACCCUGGCCCCUACUGGAACACAUUCAAAUGCGCUCCUUACUAUCAGCCUAUUGACUAAUCGUUACAUCUUCACUGUACAUAUGUAUACUGUACAUAUAAAAAUACUAUGUUGCAUUUGUUGAAUAAGAAGAACAUUCUGUUCCUGUUACUGUUUAAGACUGACUGAGUUUUGUAAAAGAAGGAUUCGUAUGAACUGGACCACUAUGAGUUAAAAAAACAAAUACAGAUCGAGUACCAGUCAUAACAAGAAAAAAUACAUUUUCAGUUAUAAUAACAUAUCAUCAACUAUCCGUGCACUCUUGAUCGCGGCUCGUUUUAAGAAGGGCUUUCAUGAAAUUAUCUGUCAUUCAGAUGUAUUAUAAUACAGGAAAAUCACAUGACGAUGACGUUGAUUAAACACCAAAGCCAAACUAAAACCAUGGGCUAUUUUCAAAGCCAUUUCAAAGUCAAGCAAAUUGGAAGCGAUUCCGCGUUAAGUCACUGCUCAUCUCCAGCCAAUCAGAGUGCUGUUUAACCGUGUGAUUCAGCUUUGAGUAUGUAAUUCUGUUAAUGUUACUUGCACGGCCAUCGUAUUUCAAGCAGUGCUUCAUAUUUCUGUAGCACAAAACCCAUUUAAUAGUACGCGCACAUCGCCAAAGGUGCCCAGAAAUUCUAACCCUCCCCUAAAUGCGGGCCCAGAAAAUUUUAGCCCUCCCUAAAUGGGCGCCCGAAAAAUCGCAGCUCUUCCCCAAAAUUUACCAGCCCUCCCCCCAAUAGUUAAUGACCGCUACCUAACUAACGUUUUGCAUGCGAAAAAGAAGGGAGUUGUGGGAGCUAAAUUGAAAGAAAGACCGGUCUUCUAGCUUUCUUUCAUUAUAAGGCGGGGGGGGGGGGGGGGAUCACAAGGGAGGAAUAGGAGCCUUAUUGGGACUAAAAGAAUUGAUGAUAUUAAAAAAUAAUUUUAGAUACUGAGGAAUGUAAAAAGCAAAAAAAAAGGUGUAGCAAAAAUGCGACUUGAAGGAAACAAAACGGAUCUACCAGAUGCAAUGGUCCCGCCCCCCCCCCAAAAAUUAAAUAACGCCACCAAAAUAAAUGUUUAGAAGGGAAAAAGAAGGGGAGUUUGGGAGAAAAAAUGAAAAGAAGACCGGUUUUUCUUGUUUUUUUUAUUAAAAGGGGGGGGGGGGGGAGGGAUCACAAGGGAGGUAUAGGAGACUUAUUAGGACUAAAAGAAUUGAUGAUAUUACAAAAUCAUUCUAGAUACUGACGAAUGUCAAAAGCAAAACAACAGGUGUAGCAAAAAUGCGACUUGCACGAACACAGACGGAUCUUACAGAUGCAACUGCAAUACUGGCUUCUUUGGAGACGGAUUCAAGUGCACAGGUAUCACUGUGUUCUAUCUAUGGCGUAGAUGGUCUAAAGAAUUCAGAUUCCUGAAUCAACUGAUUGCGAGCCAAUUUUUUAAGGAAGGGAAAACACAGAUGGAAAAUAGGGCAACAGGGCAGCGCUCCUUUGCUUUCAGAGGAGCCAAACUUUGGAACUCCUUGAAUGAUAAUAUUAAGUCCAUAAAAUGCCCCAGGAAUUUUAGGCGUCAUAUUGCAAAUGUUUUAUUAAGUUGAUAAAUUUUUUGUAAUUAUAAUAUUAUUGUACUUACAUUCUUAAUUAAUUUAUAUAAAUCUGUAUUUUUUAUUCUAUUGAGCUGAAAAGCCCACUUAGGGAGCAUCAAUAAAGUGUAAGUGUAAGUGUAUAGCAUGCCUUGUAAACGGAUUUUAGGCAAACUAUCAAAUGAAUAAAGUAGUUUUCGUAUCGAUUCAUGGAUGUACGUCAUCGAUAUAAAGCCGUGUUUGAGGCGUCGUUUGAGGCCAAAUAGUCUCAUCGUAAAUAAUUUCCAAUACCCUGAGCGGCGGAGAGCAACUGACGAGCCCAUGUCGUUCCCAGGGUUCUCUCCUACCCGUCCCGGUAGGAGAGAGAACCCGGGAACAAGGUUGCUGACGAGCGACUAUAUUCGCAGGCUUAGCAAGAAGUCGUUGAAAGUUUUUUUUAUAUAUAUAGUUAAUGAUCUUCCAAUGGUUUAUUUCUGAUCGGCCUCGAAGAACAAAAAAGCGUCAAGUACAAUCGUAUCAUGGCUAACAUAAACUCGCAGGAUAACUUCAUGACUUCGCUUAGGGUAAUUUCAUGCAAAUUAUUGUUUAAGCUCGCAAUCAUUUUACACUGUGAACUUUAUCCUUUGUUCCCUCUAGUAUGUUACACCAUCUUUGAUUUCGAAGACCACGAUUUAUCAAAUUGGACGUUAAAUGGGACUGCAUUCAAUAAUCAGCCAACAUACGGAGACAACCCAUCAGAAAGGUUUAAAAAGGAAGAGAAUGGAAGGAAUGAACCGUCAAAUCACCGAGGGGAUUGGUGGAUUGGUACCUUCGAAAAUCGGUCCAGUUCUUCCCAGCCGGCAGGAGAAAAACAAGGUGAUGAACCUCAAGGCUCAAUGACGUCACCUGGUUUCUUAAUUAAUACAAACGUCCUCAGGUUCCUGAUUGGAGCAGGCUGUAAAGAUGUCCGCAAGGUUCGUGCUGAGCUUAUAGUUAACGGAAAUGUGAUUUUUGAAACAAGGGCUGAAGAGGUAUCUGCGAAUUGCAUCGAAACUAUGUCUGACAAAAGCUGGAAUGUGUCGCGAUUCACUGGUAGCCGAGCUCAAUUGCGUUUGAUUGACCACUCUUCGGAAGGCUGGGGUCACAUUAACUUUGAUCAUUUACAAGCUUGCCACAAACUACCUUAA